ACUCACCCAAGACCCACUGGAAGGACUGGACGGGCAGGUCCCGCGCAGGCGGGCAAAGAGGGAGGCUCACUUCUCCCCUUUCCUGUCCAUCUGCCUUCAUUUCUUUUCGGGAACCUAGUUUUGUAUCUUUUCAGCGCUCAUCGUGUGUACGGCCCAGUGCACGGCAGUGGGGACGGGGUGAACCGGGCAAGGCUGGGCCCAGCAGGGGAAACAAGGAUGGAGGCAGACCGAUGCUGAGACAGGGUCGUGGGUUCCGGUCGCCAUGGGAACACAGGGCAGGGUGUAACCCCGGCUUCUGGGAGGCAGUGAAUGAAGCCAGGCUCUGCUGGAGGAGUGGGCAUGAACCAGGUGAGGGGGGAGAAGAGGAGGCGGCUGCUCCAACAGGUGGCUCAGACAAGUGCAGUUUGAGCAGAGGCCUUGGCAGGGUCCCUGGAGGCAGAGGAUGCAGUGUGGGCCCACCCUGGUUCCGGGUGGAGGACUCAGCGCAGAACAGAUCCUGGAAAGGCUGCGAUGUCCGUGCUUUUACUUCCCCCCUUUCUAAUAUCUGUCUAGCCACUCACUGCAACUAUUUUCAUAUACUCCACCCUGUUCCCUCUACACAAGAUCUUGGACUAAGGCAUCAGUCUCUUACACAAAUGAGUGGUGUUUUUCCAGCUGCAGUCUGAACAUCCCUGUGCCCUCAGGCUGGUCUAGAAAAGUACGAUUCUUUAAUCGAACCUUGAUGUCAGCCCUUGCUUGGUGUCCUCUGCCUGGUUGCUGGUCAUGUCCUCGUUGGCAGAAGCGUCCCUAGUGCCACACAGCUCACCCCCACCCCCUCUCGCUGAGUCUCAGUUUCCUUUUCUGCAAAAAGGGCGUUUGAGGUUGGCAGGUGUGAGCAGACCAAUGAGGGUGUGACUUUGGCGCUGGGAGCUGGGGUAGCAGGUGGAUGGCUUCCCUCACUGCCCCGCCUGCACGGGGCUUCUUCACAGAUGCUGGGGCUGGUGGUGAAGGCCAGGCGAGUUCAGAAUGUCCACACAGGCCUGGACCUGACGGUGCCGCAGCACCAGGAGGUGCGGGGCAGGAUGAUGUCCGGGCACGUGGAGUACCAGAUCCUGGCGGUCACCCGGCUGGCUGCAUUCAAGUCGGCCAAGCACAGGCCCGAGGAUGUCGUCCAGUUCUUGGUCUCCAAAAAGUACAGCGAGAUUGAGGAGUUUUACCAGAAACUCAGCAGCCGUUAUCCAGCCGCCAGCCUCCCCCCGCUCCCCAGGAAGGUCUUGUUUGUUGGCGAGUCUGACAUCCGGGAGAGGAGAGCCGUGUUCGACGAAAUUCUGCGCUGUAUCUCGAAGGAUGCCGAGCUGGCAGGCAGCCCAGAGCUGCUCGAAUUCUUAGGCACCAGAUCGCCCGGUGCCGCGGAUUUCAGCAGCAGAGACUGCUCUGUCCUGGACACAGACAGCCAAGCAGGGGACGACGGGGAUGCUUUUGACUUCUUCCAGCAGCAGGACCAGGUGGAGAGUGAAGGCCUGCCCGCCCUGGGCCAGAAGGGCAAGGAUGCAGGGAAGUCCUCGGGAGAGGAGGAGGAGGAGGAGGAGGCCCUGGACCCUCUGGGCAUCAUGCGCUCCAAGAAGCCCAGGAAACACCCUGAGGUGGCCGUGAAGCCCAGACCCUCGCCCCGGCUCACCAUCUUUGAUGAGGAGGUAGACCCCGACGAGGGGCUCUUUGGCCCCGGCCGGAAGCCUCGCCCCGAGGGCCCCACGGAGGGCGGACCCUCCAGGGACCCCCUGAAGCUGUUUGACGACCCUGACCUUGGCGGAGCUGUUGCCCUGGGUGACCCCUUGCUGCUGCCUGCUGCCCAUGAGAGUGGAGGACCCCCGUCCCGCCUGGGCCCCAGGGAGACCUCAGAGGAUCUAUUCAGAGUCGAAGAGGAUUUGGAUCAGAUUCUGAACCUGGGAGUUGAGCCCAAACCUCACCCCCAGCCCAAGCCCCAGCUUAAGCCCAAACCGCCAGUAGCAGCUAAGCCAGCGCUACCCAGAAAGCCAGCUGCUCCCCCCAGAGCGAGUCCAUCGGAGGCUGUGGCGGGGCAGCAGAGGCAGCAGCAGCAAAUCCAAGCCAUGGACGAGAUGGACAUCUUACAGUACAUCCGGGACCACGACGCGCCUGGCCAGGCUGCUCCCAGCCUCUUCUGACCGCCUCCCCAGCCCCGUGCUGUUCCUGAGCCCGUAGACCCUCUCCGGUGCAGGGGUGUGUGGGGAGGUGCAGACGUGCCUGUAGGGCCAGGACCUCUGUUCCAAGGGAGAGAGGGUGCAAGCCCAGGGCAUAGGACCCCUGUACUGCCUUUUCCCUUUUCCUCAGGCCCAUGGGGUCAUGGAACCCUGCAAGAUGCAGAGAGCAAGGUCACUCUAGGAAUUGGAACUUCAAUUGUCCCACGUGGAUGUUGACGGGAGAGCAUGUGGGGUUGCCUUGCCAACCAGGAGCCCAGCCCCCAGGGUGUUGUGAGACAGGUGGGGCCUAUUGAGGCGCCACUUGGGCCCACUGGCUCUGCCAGCCCCACACAGGAGGGAGGGCCUGGCCAACUUAGGGUCAGGCCGGGGUCUCCAGGCCAAGCCCCUCUGGAGUCUCUGGUCAGCAGAGACUCCUGGGGGCCUGCAGGCCAUGGGAGGGUCUCUAGGAGAGGGCUGUUGAGUGGGUGCCUAGGAGAGCCUGGCUGGGUAGGGCAGCCCUGAACCACCUCAGGGUGGUUAAGCAGGGUGUCUCCCCUGUGGCAAAGCUCAAGAGAAACGUCAGGCCCAGGCUGGCUCUGGGGCGUGGAUGGCCUGACAGGCCCCAGGUCUCCCCUUCUUCCUUUCCUAGGAAGGCCUGGCCAGACCGCGGCCUCCCUGGGCCUCUGGCCGUGUGCUCAAUGUCCAGCACAGCAUCUCUGAGCAGAGUGGUCCCCCCAGCCUCCAAGGACCCCUGCAGCUGGACUGGGCUGGGCCGGACGCUCUCGGGCUGCUGCUUCAAGGGCCCCAUCUGUCUAGUGGAGGAUGCUGCCGGGCCCUCCCUGCCCUCGGGGUCUGGGCUUGUCCCCAACCUACCCAGCAAGAAGGAGCCCUGUGCUGGGCAGGGCCCAUGCCUUAGACUUCUCUGCACCCCUGCGCCUUGGCACACGGGUCUGGGCAUGGCACAGAGCUCAGGAAAUUCUCAAUGAAUGUAUGAUGUUUAAUGGAGCAAAGGAUGCCUUUUUUUUUUUUUCAUAUAUUCUUCAUGUUCAGAGCUAGUUUUUAAUGAAACAGAUUUGUUUUUAAGGAAAUGCAACCACUGCCGUCCCUUGGGUUGUGCUGUUGGACCGGGGAUUGGAAGGGGGGUUUGAGACAAGGACCCCGGCCCUUCCUCAUCAGGGCCAGCAGCCAACCCUAAGGGCUUCCCUGGGCCGGGGCCAGUGGUUGCUGCAUCAGAGUCUCUAGCACCCACUGCCUUGUGCCGGGACCUGCAGGGCAGGUGGGAGCACGCGGAUCUGCCCUGGGUGUCAUGCCCCUCCAUCGGCUGUCCAGUCCCGAAAAGCCUGCCCCCCAAUGUGUGCCAGCAACAGAGGAGACAGGUGGCUCUGGGGGCCGAGAGCCUGAUUCCUCCGCCUCCUCUGCCUUAGCUGGGCUCCCAGGGACCCCCUCCCCAGGCCCUGAGCUGGCUCUGGGACAGCCUCGGCGCCCCCACGAGCUGCCCCCCUUUCUCUCAUUGCCAGGCCUUCACACCCCCCACCCCUCAAGCACAGGUAGGCUCCGCACCGGCCCCCGGGUGACUGCGGAGGCCUCCCAGGGAAGGAGGAAGUGGGGAGGGCUGGUCCCCUUCCCUUCCCCGUUGUCUCCUCCGGGCCCCUCCCUCCCUGCACCCCUCCCCCCACCUCCCCCAACAUGUGACAUAGGAGCAGAGGGUGCAGCCGCCAGGUGCCUCUGGGGGUGGCUGGGAGGAGGCCCGUCAUAGGCAGAACCUGCCUCCUCCCUGUCGGCCUGGACCCCGGACCCUCAGCAAAGAGGUGCGCUUCUCCAGAUGCGGAGGCUCCGUGGCUCGUCUUCUCACCCGAGUCUGUGACCUGCUGGCCAAUCCAUGACACCCCGUCGUCCAAUAAAGUCCAUGUCGGUGGCUCAUUCCA